AUGGGCAAGCUUGAGGGUGAUUCCUGUUCCUUCCAGAAGGGCCCGGGCGUUUGCCUUGGCUACAGUAACUGCCGCCGGGUGCUGGAAUCAUUGGGAGCCCGCAUAACCAUUUGUACCUACAAUCCACAAGAAGCCGUGGUGUGCUGCCCGUCCGACUAUCUGGACCAUUUGGACAAGAUGGAGAAACAAGAAGCGGAUCUAAGGAUUAGUGCUAAAAAAUGCAAGGAAUACACGCGAUUAGCUACACCAACUCAGAUUCUGAGCUGGCUCAAACCGGACACUGAAUUGAUUCAGAAGCGAGGUAGACCGUGCACCGAAGACAACAAGCUGAUCGUGGGAGGACUAGCGGCUAAGCCGGGCGAAUUUCCGCACAUGGCAGCGAUUGGUUAUCGCAGACAUAACUCAGCUGACGGCAUCGAUUUCCACUGUGGAGGAUCGCUUAUUAGCGAAAACUUCGUACUGACGGCGGCUCAUUGUCGAACUCGGGACGCUUUUCUGGUUCGGUUGGGUAGUUUGCAGUUGAACGGCGUUGUUAGCGAUGGGGUUCCUCCGGAGGAUUACGCUAUCGAAAUGUUCAUCAAGCAUCCGGAUUAUACGGUACGGGAUAAGUAUAACGACAUUGCUCUCAUCAAGCUGGCGGGCACGGUACGGUUGAGUCCGGAAAUUCGACCGGCUUGUUUGUAUCAGUCGACGGAAGUGCCGGAAUCGAAGCUAAUUGCGAUCGGGUAUGGUGCGGCUGAGAGUUUCGGCGCCAACAUCAAUCGUCUGAUGAAGGUGAUGCUCGACCAGUACAGCAACGGCCAGUGCCAGCAGCUGUAUCGGGACCUCGCCGGUCAGUCGACUUUAUCGCGGGGCAUCGUCGGGAGUCAACUCUGUGCUGGGUUCGCGGCUGGCGGGCGUGACACCUGCCAGGGCGAUUCCGGUGGCGCGCUGCAGGUACGUGACACCAGCGAAAGUUGCAUUUUCCAUCUGGUGGCCAUCACAUCGUUCGGCAAGGUUUGCGGUACGGCCAUUCCCGGUGUCUACACCCGCAUCCCGUGGUAUUUGGAUUGGAUCGAAUCGAUCGUAUGGAAAUCGUUCUAG